CAACUCACACGCACCAAAUAUAUCUCCUCCAAGGACAGCUCAUUAGCGUCCAUAUAUAUGUGUGUUCGUGCGUACACUGAUGCAUACCACACACAAUCGAGCUUGUACUCCACAUGACAAAAGCACCACACGCACGGCACACUACAGUUCAUGCCAAGUUCGUUAUAAGGCUUCUUGCUCCCUCAUCAUCAUCGCCGGCGGUUUGUUGGUUGUAGCUACCUUGGUGUCGUCUGUCUAGCAAGGUCCCUUGCCAUGCAAGGCUCGAUGCAGUUCAAGCGGGCGUUGCUCAAGAGCCUGCUCCUAGGUCUCCGGGAGCGCGGCGUCGCGUCGAGGGAGAUGGGCUUCCUCGAGAGGAAGCGCGCCAUCCGGCGCGCCGCCGACGUGGCCCUCGCCUCCGCCAGGGGCUCCGACGCGACGCGUUGGAGCCAGGCGCUGGAAACGCAACGUCGGCCAUCCACGAGCAAGAGGAUCUUGAGGAGGUGCCACCGGCCGAGGCCGAGGAAGGCCGGCACGGCGGCGAGGCCGAGGGGCUCGGCCGGCAUCGUCGCGAGGGCCAUGGUGAGGAAGAGGACGCAGGUGUUGAAAGGGAUCGUCCCGGGAGUGGAAGCGGUGGACGAUGAGUGCACGCUGCUGGGUGAAGCCCUGGACUACGCCGUGUGUCUCAAGGCUCAAGUUGAUGUAAUGCAGCUUCUGGUGAGGGCUCUUCAAGCUCCGAAACAAUAGCAAGGGGGUCUCUUUGCGUGUGCGGAGUUCGUGGAGAUAAUGCUUGUAAGAUACCAAAGCCUUCUCUACCUUCGUUCGUCAGCAACUCACAGCAUGCAGUGAGAGGGUCAGCGAUCAUGGAUAUGUAAUAUUUUUAGUAUGCCAAAUUGUCAUGUAAAAUAUUAUGUAUAUAGCUAAAUUGCGCACAUCAAUUGUCAUUUUCAUUAUGAGCAUGUAUUGGUAAAAAAAGAAGUUAAAGGA